AUGGACUAUAGCUUGCUGGAGGGCGAGAUGCCAGAUUUGGUAAAGGCUAUCCAGUCCUGUCCGCGUUUGCAAAGCCUCCUCGUCAGCUACAGUGACAACGACCCUAUCUGGCCCGAAACAAGCUGGCUGACGCUGGAAAUGCCCUCGAUCCGUCGUCUGGGUGUUAUAGUCGGCCCACUCAGACAGACCGCAAACUAUCUCGGCUUUGCCGCGAUGCAGACCAUGUUUCCAAACGUCGAAUCUAUUCAUGCUAGCACAGGGGGCUUGUGGUUGAUGCAGCGCCACACGCUCCCGUCCAAAGACCCCACCAACUUUUUGACAAAGUUGAAGAGCCUCUCACUCUCGGGAAUACGGGACAAUCACUUGGAGGAGCUGUUGACUUGUCUUCCUGGCCUCGAACACCUCGAGAUCACCAACCAGAACUACGAUUACUCCUGGCGAACGGCCCUCAAGCCAGUGCAAAACCGACUCAAGAGCCUUCACGUAUCCUACCACCUCAAGCCGCACCAUGGCAUGAACUUUUGGGAUGUCAAGUACCGCCACAGGCGAGCGGUGGCGAUUAUACGGAGCUCUGGAAGAACUGUCACUCGACUGCCGGUUGAUCCGGGACGUCGUCACGCCUUAUGCCCCUGA